AUGGUGGUACUUGAUUAUGAAUAUGCUGUGAAACCUGCACUGUCCUCUUUCCGAAACUUUGGAGGCAUUCCCAUGGAAAAUGAGUAUAUCACGGACAAUCGUGGAUUCAAAGGUAUCAUUGACUAUUUAUCCCAAAACAUCACGGGUAAAUUUAAAACAGAAAAGGUCGUAACGCAUAUAAAGUUGAAUACUUCGAACGGAAUCGAAGUUCGGACGAGAGAUGGUGAAACGUUCAAGGCAAAAUAUGCUCUUUGUACUUUCAGCACAGGUGUUUUAGCUUCGGAUUUGGUAACAUUUGAACCAGAAUUACCGAAAUGGAAGAAAGUUGCUAUAAGUAGAUUGCCUCUUGCCUAUUACACCAAUAUUUACGUGAAGUUUCCGAGCGCGUUUUGGGAUGAUACCGAGUUUAUUUUGAAUGCUGGUUCCUUGACUGAAACAUUUCCUCUCGUGUAUAACCUUAACAUAAAAGAUUUUCACCGUGGUUCAAAUGUGUUGUUAUUCAGUGCAGUUGAUGAGAAUUCUCUUCGCAUUGAAGCACAGAGCAAAAAUGCGACAAAAGCUGAGGUCAUGAAAUCUUUGAGAGAAAUGUAUCCCAACGUCAAUAUUCCAGAACCUUUAGAGAUGACCGUGGGUAGUUUCAGUCAAAAUCCGUACAUCCGCGGUUCCUUCAGCAAUGCUGCGGUUGGUGCCACCUCAGCCGACUUUAAUAAUUUACAAGGACGCCUGGGUAACCUUUUCUUCUCGGGGAAGCGACAAGCGAGAAUUAUUGGGGAUACAGCCAGGCUGGGUACUCCACUAGUUUAA